AUGGAGAAGCGUCGCUGGGGGCCGUUGCUGCCGCCGGAGCUCUGCAAGGAACUGCUGCUGCAGCAUGUGGCGUGCGCAGUGCCGGGCUACAGGCCGGGCUGCAGCGCCAGCACCCUGCUCUGCGCGCCCCGCUGGGCCUGGCCCGCGCUGCUGCGGGCCCGGGACAUCUUACGGGACGCCGCGGAGGACCUUUUCGGUGACUUCCUGUGGCCCGAGACCACCGUCACCGUGGCCUGGUUCCCGGGCAGCGGCCUGCCCCUGCACGCGGACAACGGCCGCAGCUACCUGGCGCAGCGCCACGUGAGCGCCGUCUGCUGGCUCGGGGCCCAGGGCGAAGACUUCCAGGGGGGCGACUUCUUCUUUGCGGAAGGGCCGACCCUGAGGCCGCAGGCAGGCCACGGGGUGAUCUUCAGCUCCGAGGAGCUGCAUGGCCUCAAAGAGGUGACUCAGGGCAUGCGGGUGGCGCUGAACGUGUGGUUCACCCGGGACCCCGCGGCCGCGGAGGAUCCUCGGCUGCUGCGGAGGAUCUCGCAGUGCCGAAGCGGCGGUGCCCGGCGGGUCUUUGGGGAGGGCCCCCAGGCGUCCUGGCCGCCGGGGGAGCCUGCCCGAGUCCUGGCACGCCAGACUGCGCAAGCUGUGGCCAAAGCGCCACGACGCUUUGGGCAAGCGAAGGCGGUCUGCAAAAGCUUGGGGCGCGGCACGGAUGGCUGCGGCGGCGACUGGCGAUUCGACGUGGCGCUGCGCGCCUGCCGGCUUUACAUGAGAUCCGGUCGCUUGCUCCGCAUACUCCGAGCCCGGGAGCAGCAAGUGACAGCGGCGCUUCCUUCCUGGCGCGCGCGGGGUCUCCUCUCAGCACCUUGCGACAAGCCCCGCCUGCGCCGGCCGCGUCGGCCGCGGUUCUUCGGCCGCGUGGACACGGCAGCGUCGGUGCCCGGGCUCACGGUGCUGCGGGGAGCGCUGAAGCCGAACGCGCAGGCCAGGCUGCUGCGACGCGCGGAGCGGCUCCUGUGUGGCGCGUGCAAUCAGGCGAUGCGCUUUGGUGACCUGCCCCACUGGGCUCAACGCCUGGCAAAGAGGUGCCGCAUCCCGGGCUUCCGGGUCAGGUUCGAUCAGCUCAUUGUCAACGCCUACAACAGAGGAGAGGGGAUCCGGCCACAUGUGGACCUGCUGAAGUUCGGGGAGCAGGUGGCGGGCGUGAGCUUAGGCUCCGAGGCCACCCUGAAGCUGAGGCGCAUCCGAGCCGAGCGGCUGCCGGUGAAGCCAGGCGAGGAGUGCCGGCUCUCAGAGGAGGACUUGGAGGUCUCGGUCUCCGUGGCGCUGGCGCCGGGGGACGUCUACGGCCUCGCCGGGCCCGCGCGGUACAACUGGACCCACGAGAUUUGUCCCGAGUCCGUGCUCAAGCGCAGAGUCAGCCUCACCUUCCGGCGCCUGGUCUCCGCCUUGGGGCCUGAUCCCAUUGAAUCUGACACCGCGGCCGUCGGGAGCGUUUUAUCUUCGCUGCCCAUCAUGGUGCAGUACACUGCUGGGCACCAGUGGCUCCCAGCGUCUCGGGUGAGCAAGGCCUUCCGUUGGCUCGCGAGGACACUGGGCCCCGCAGCCUUGGGCCUCCUUGCAGGCGUAGCAGUGCUGUCUCUGCUGCAGCUGCUGUGCAAGGCCGCCGGCUCUGGAGCUCGGGACUCCCUGAGCUUCAAGGACGGGUACUUGCGCGUGGCCACAGAGGAGCUGUGA